UGGUGGCGCUUAUGUCGCGGCUUACUUCCGGUGUAUACGUCGCCAUCGUCGUCGUCGUCCGACGGCGCUGUUCAAUUUUUCUCGGCGCCCGUUCCGGUUCCCGGCGGCACUGUCGUUUCAUCGUUUCAGAGAUUACGACGUCGACAUCCCCUGGUUACCACCGCUCUCGCAUUUCCCGUCGACCUCUCGCCGGGUCUCCGGAACUUUAACGCCGGAAGUGUACGGUUCGUCGUCGCGUCAGGCUCUACGUGCGUCAUUGCUUGUUGUCGGAUCAAGCUUGUAAGAAAAUGGCGACCGCCGUCCCGUCGCGAUUCGCCGUUCUCAGCAUCGAGGACGACGAUUACAAGCCGAAGAAGACGCAGAAGAAUGCGACGACGAGCAAGACCAACGCCAAGAGCAAGGGCGACAAGUCGAAGCAGCAGCAGCAACAGCAACAGCAGCAGCCCAACAAAAAAAAACAGAACAAAGGAAAAAAGAAGAAAACCAAUAGCGAUGAUCAACAGUGGGAGCAGUGGAAGCAAAAGGACACGAUGGCCGUUGAGGAAACGUUUGAGCAAGAAUUGCAUCAAGCCAUUCUGCUGUCAAAAUUGGCAUACGAAGAGCAAUUAGUUAGCGUAGGAAAAAGUGACAAGGAACAAGAACAAAACAAGAAGUCUGGUAAAAAGUCGAAGAAAGCGACCAUGUCGUUGGAAGAAUUUAAUAGCAUGGGAACGAGUGCGACGGUAGCACCGUUAACAACUGAGCCUGCAGACAAGUCGAGAGAAGUGGAUGCGGAAUUCUUCGAGAGGGUAGAGAAGGAGACGAAAGAAGAGAUAACGAAAGGAAAAGAAAAGGACAUAUUGAAGGCCAGAUUAAACAAAAUCGACAAUGAUAUAACAUUCGCGCAAUUAAGACUGGAGAUUGAGAAACGGGAUGAAAUAAUCAGCCAAUUGAGAACCGAGGUGCACACGCUGAAAGAAGAGUUGACACAAGUUAAAGAGAGAAAUAAAAAACUUUAUCAGAUAUUGUCACACGGCGAGAUGAAGGAUAAGGCGUCGGUAUUGGCUGAAGUUGCAAAACUACAAGAGAUACGAGACGAACUAACAUCCGAGGUAGCGUCUUUGCACGCUCAACUGGAGCAAGAAAGAUCGAAAACACGUACAUCUAGUGUAGAUGUGAAAACGUCUAAACAAACUAACAAGAAGAGGCCGGCCAGUGAAAAUGCCUAAAUCAUUUUUCAUGAAAAACUACCAUUGUGAUCAAUUAAUUUUAAUUAACAAAGUAUAUCGAUUAAGUAGCAAUUUGAAAAGAAGGAAUAUUAUAUUUGCAUAGAGAAAUUUUUCUCCCUGCAUAUGCAAUACAUAUUAGUUGUAUUUGCUUGUUAACAAUAAGUUUAAGAUACGUCAGGUACGAAUGCAUAUUUUCAGAGAAGAAUUACAGCCUACGUGUGUGAAAAGUUUCAUUAUUUUUUUAAAGAUGGUAAUAUGAUUUACACUUCUUCUCUAUUAA